CGGGUUGUUAUGUUUCUAAUUAACAUCUUCCAUAUCAUUCAAGCAAUCCAUUCACUUAAUUAAUUGUAACUUGAAGUCAGCAAGUAAUGAAACCCUUGACUUUAGUGUAACCGUGGCAACGGGUGAUACGUCUAGUUGAGGGCUGCAUAUGUGACGUGACCUGAGGCUCAGUAGUACCACACGUCACAAUGCAGUUAUAUUGGUGUAUACCUCUUACCUCCUAGCCCCUUUCAUUCCAACUUGUGUAAUUGUCCGGAUAAGUACAGUAGCCUAAUGUAGAUGUUAUACACCACUGUGCCAAAUGGAUGAGGUAACCGAUGAGGAGUCUGAUGAUGACUCUUACAAUUUGAGGAAACCUAAAGGAACGAAACUGACUGUUGCUGAGGGUGAUUCGGCAUGCUACAAUAGGGCACAUUUGGGAGAGACGCUAUACCAGGAGUCUCCCGGAUUUGAGCUAUCCGAUCCAAAUAUGCACCUGAUUGAUGGCACCUACAACUGCCUCCAUGAUGUCCAUUUAAGGACAUUUUUCAAAAAGCCAGAAAGAAAAAAAAAGCUUCUACAGAAUGGCUUAAUUACUACUGAUGAGAAGGUGCUGUGUACACCUAAAGAAUACAAUAAAUACACCAGGUACACCAAAACAGUUCAGCUCUCUUGGGAGAAGCUGUAUUAUGAGCAGCAGAAAAAGCUGCUGAAAGACUUUCUGACCUUGAAAGAGAAGGGUGGCAUUCCCUGUAAUAUCCACUUGUCAGAUAUGAGAGACUGGCUUGUCCACAGCGGUGCAGACAUGUGCAACAAGAUGUUCCAGAAACCGUCAGGGAACAGACGGGAUCUGCACCUUGCUAAAUUGACAUGGGAAGUGAAUCGGCGGCUCAAGCUGGAGGAGAUAGAGAGAGAGGUGUGCCGGGAACUACGUCUGGAGCGUUCCUCCAAGAUACCAAUCUCCCACAGAAGCGAGAUUAUGAAAACUGUGGAGUGGGUCCCACCUCCAGACUCUUAUGGACCAGGUCCACGUGACCUCACUUCCCCAUCAGGAGCAUCAAGUGACGGUUUCUACACAUCUUCUAUGACUUUUGACUCUUUUGACUCAUUGUUCAUGGAGACCCCAGAGGAACAACAUGUGAUGCUUUCUUCGGGGGACAGGAAAGCAAUCUUUGACAAUGUCAAGAGUCAUGUCAUCUCUGAAGUCAGGAACAACCUCCUUCCAGUUCUGAGGAAACGAUUUCAAAAGAAGGCAUCAAGCUCCUCGUCAGGAAGUGGCAGGCCCUCCAGUGAAAACUCUGACCGAAGCCGUAGCAGCUCCUCUUUCCUUUUCACUGACUCUUCUUCUAGCAACAACAACACUAUAACAAUGAUGUUCAGUCCGAGGUCAAGUGCCACCAUUUCUUCCCCUGCCUCUCUUUAUGACAAAGAAAGUGGGAGUUAUGAAUCAUACGUAGGACUGACUUUUUACACGGAAGUUCCUUUUUCAGAGGAGCUUUGUAAUGAGACUUCAGUUAAGAGAUCAGUCACUCCCUCCAGUGCAGUAAAUGCCCAGGAGAGCCCAAUAACCAUAACACCUUCGUCUGAAGCUUUCAGAGCUGAAAGCUUUGUUUUGGAGAUAAUACAUGAUUCGAUCGCUUUCUCUGAAACAUCUCAGAAUGAUAUUAACAACUGUGACACUCUUGCUGGAUUCACCAUCAUGUCCAACGAUGUUGUGGACACAACCCUGGACGGCGCAACAGUAGUGUUAGAUAGAGAAGGACUACUCUCUCAGGAUAGAAGCUCCAAUGAAGAGUUUGAUGAUCGCCUUCUGUCUAUCGGACCGUGUAUUACUACUGAUGACCAUGGCACUGAGAUCAAACUUUUGGGUGGCAAGCCAACGGAUGAAGGUAUCAAUAACAUACUUGAUGAAGAGAAAGAUGUAGAACUGUACACAGGGCAGAUAAUUGAGGCUGUCACACAGGACUUACUAACAAGUGAGACUUCUUCCAGUACAUCAAAGGAGAGGGUGUUUUCUGAAUGUGACGCUAAAUUUACAUGCAAAGAAACUGCUUCAGGAACGCACCUAGAUUGUGCUCAUCCAAGGAAAUCAGUGAAUCGUAUCUUGCAGGAUAAUAAACUGCAUAGUGUUAACAAACCUAGGGAACUAUUACCCAGAAACACUCCACAACUGGCUCAUUCUGUUGCUUCCGUCUUGUAUCACAACAUAUUUGACAGUGAAUCCUCCAGACAAUCCACACAUUACUCCAGCUCUCAGAUCAGCUGUGAUGUUAGUUUGUGUGAGACCACCACGGAACAGGAACUGAAAGAAUUUACACAGCCCUUGUCAGGGUCUGCUGUUAAUCUCCUCAAAGACUUGUUUGGAGAGAAAGCCCAGAGUCUGAAAACGACUAAGGACCCAAUCCAGCUCAUCACAAACCCAACUUCGGAGACACUCUUCUUUAUGCCCCACGUCAACAAUAAAGACACAGUUGUGCACAAAAUAGCCAUUGAAGACCUGUGUGCAAUGGAUGCCAUGAAGAAUAUGAUUCCUCCUAACAACUCAAAGAGGGUUAAGACCCCAUCCGCCCCUAGGACCAAAAGUGAGAGAUUCUCUCAGCCCUCAAGUCCAACUCAUAACCUCUUACAGGCAGUUGUAGAAAAACUGGUCAAUAAAAUGACUGUUCACAGUCUCAGCAUCCCAGAGGCUUCCAAUGAGGCUGCCUGCAAACAGUUAUCAUGUUGUUCUCCAAAUGGACCUCUUUCAGAGUUUCAGCAUCAACUGAUUUCUAGGCUCUGCCCUGUGCUUGUGUCUGACAUUAUGGAAUCGCUUUCCAGUGAAAUCGUCAGCCCUGAUGAUUUAGGUGAAUCAGCUUGCCAAUCACCUGUGCAAGUUAUCGAAGAUGGAAUGGUAAGGUCUGGAAGCGCAAGUGUCGACGUCUCAAAUCAUUGUGUUCAAGAGGACACCUGUGUCCAAGAGGGCAACGGUAUAGCCAGUGAGAGAGUGACAGAUGAAUCUGUUGAUAUUCUGGAAAGGGCUGUGUAUGACAUUGAGUCUGCGAUGACUGAUGCUGCAAAACAGUCUUGCUCUAGCCUUCCAUCCAAAACAGAUGUUGUCGUAGACGUCAUCACUAAGCUGAUCUCUGAUAUUGAGUCUGGCAGUAACUCACCGACACAUCUCACGAACAUGGCAGUUGACAUGGUGGUAUCUGUGUUGGAUGAUCUAUCAGAGGAUACUAAAAUGAUUUCAAUUCCAGCAUCUCCUGACCACUUUCAUUCUCAAGUGAAAUACACCAGGCCCCCCAGUUGUAGGAUCGUAAGCAGUGUUCGCAAGGAGCUUGAGGAACAGAUUGGUUCCGCUGAUUCCCUCAAGCGAGCUCUAAACUCUGAAAGCACAGAAGUCACCAAGGCUAUCUCGAGUGCCGUUGCAAGGGAAGUCUCUACACUCCUUUCAGAAUCAGUAGCUCGUCACAUAGCCUCCACUUCCAGCUCUGACUCUCUGUUAAGCGCACCUGCUACGACCUUUGCACCUGCCGUGCGACCACUAACUGCUGUCAUCAGACCUGACGUCCCUACCGACCCUGACUGUUUGGCUAAUCCCUACCAUAGAUGUGCAUCUUCCAUAGAUACCAAGCCUUUAAUGAUGAUGGUGCACCUUGGGACAGUCAAGGAUAUUGUCAGCAGACUCCUGUUACACCUGUUACCGAUGGGUUUAAAGGACUUUAACCUGGCUGACUGCAGCCUCUUUGACACCAUCUUCUCUGAACUUUCUUCCAGUCUCUUUUUGAGUGUUUCCAGGAACAAACGGAAGGCCACUGUUUGCCUGGACUCUGUUGAGGUCUGUCAGGUUGUCCUCAUGGUCUACAAGCGGUUAAUCAAAAUGUAUGGUUCUCCAGAACAUCUUGAGAGCCUGACAUUUGCAAAGUGCCCCGAGUUUUAUUCCUGCAUUUCAAAACUCAUUGUGGAAGGCAUCUUAAAGUCACCCCCGAGACAGCCCUCUGGAAUGAAGGAAACCAGAGCAGUGUGCUCCUCAAAUGUGACUGUCUCCACUGAUGUUCCCAGGACACCAAAGGAGCAAACAGAGUGUGGAAAGAAACAGCAGACCAAGAUGAUGGCAACCAUUCAAGCAGAGGUAGACGGUUUUUCUAUGUAAGGAAUAUAUAUAUUACCCAGGUAUGCUCUCCAGUAUCUAUUGGGGAUGGUACCAUUUCUCUAUAGGUCACAUAUAUUCCAUUUUUGUAUUUACAGGCCAUAGAAUGCCACACCAAUGAAUACUCUGCUAUGGGUGAGUGAUUUUCUUUGUUAAAAAGUCUUGGUAGUUACCAUUUAAAAAUCUUCCAGGGCUGGAUCAGUAAUGGCAGUAUGGAAUAGCUGAGAUUCAUAUGCUUGUGAUGAAUGGAUGGUUAUUAGUAGAGCAAAAAACUCUCUAAAGCCCACAAAUAUAAUUGUGUCUUUUGAUCACCAGGCAAAGACAAGAUACCCAAGAAGAAGGGCAGAGUUGGCCGUUUCUUUCACCGCAUAUUCAAGGGGGUUAGACGCAGCUUCACAAGCUGCACUUCAUCCAGAGGAGUAAUGGAUUAGUUUCUUUUAUUCUAUUUUUAAAUAUUUUAUUUUAUUUUUAUUUUGUUUUAUUAUUUUGUACUUAACCUUACUGAAAGGAAACUCAAAAGGUCCACACGAUUUUCAUUUAAUUUACAUUAAUGCCCCGUCCUCCAGUGCAUUGUCCAUGCACAAACAUAACAAACUUGUUUUAUUUGAGAAGUGGUCUUCAAUUAAGUUCUGCUCACCAGCCAGCUCAAACUGACUUUUACAGAUAUACAAAGAAUCAUUGUUCAAAAUUUGAUUCAAUCUUUCCCCAUUCUGCAAACAUUCAAAAAUCAAGCACCACUGCCCCAUUCAAAGUUCAAAUAUAUAAGAAUUUCCAUUAUAUAAAUAAGCCUCUUAUAUUGUCAUAUAAAUUAUGAAUUGACAUUUAAAAAGCAGUUUUGGGCGAGCUCCCUGCAGUCAUUUGCAGGUUUGAGCCCCUCAUCUCUUUCUUUUCAGAUGAUUAAACUUCAUCAUUCAAAAACGUCAUGAAACACAUUCCCAACCUCCCCACAAAUGUUCUGAAAUAUAGUACUGUGGGUAGUAUAAGUAUAACGAUUAAGUAAAAUGGACUGAAAAUAAAAAAAAAUACACAAUGUAUAUUUUUGGGUGAGCUCCCUGCAGUCAUUGGCAGGUUUGAGCUCCUCAUCUCUUUACCUGGAAAUAUACCAAGCAAAUGCAAGGACUACUUUGGUACAAACUGGAUUAAAUGAGCUCUUAGCAUUUCAUUUUGGAUUUUGGGAUUUAUAUGAUUGGAAUAUUAGAAGCAGUUGUGAAUAAGCUCCCUGCAUAGUUGGCUGGUCAGAGCUCCUCAUCUCUCCAUCCUAAAAUAUUUUUCAAAUUAUUACAAACUUGCAUUCUGAUUGAUAACUGAAAUCUUUAAGGGUUUUGGGUGGGCUCCUGGCAUCACUUGCUGGUCAGAGCUCCUCAGAACUUUUAUCAUCACCACCACCACCCCAUAUUCCUUUCCCUUCAGAUAGAGGUUUAUAUAUAUCAAACUGUCAAUAUUUAAUCCUCCUAAACAUGGUUAGCUAGUGACUACCCCUUUAUUUUAAUGACAGCAGAAUGAUUAUUCUUUUUCAAUUUGGACAUUUUUACAACAAAAAAUAGACUAACAAAUUCUUUAGACUUUCUGGCAUUCUUUAAAGCUUUUUGGAGACCACAUCCCAUUCUUUCCCCUUCAGAUAUUGUUUUCUGAGUGUUGACUUGUCAACAAUUCACCCCCCUAAACAUAGACCACCCCUUGAUUUUAAUGGUGACAAAAUGAGUGUUCCUUUUAGGUUUAAGGUUUUAUUUUUUGAUGAACAUCAAUAAAAUACACAGCAUGCAAACAUAUUAUGGAGUGGCUGCAAUAUUUCAAAUCUUUUUUAUAUAUCAAUUCAGUCAGUGUAUUCCAGCUUUGUUUACUGUUUAAUCAGAAUUUAGGUACUAUCACCAGUCAAGUCUAAUCUAGGUAAGGGGUCUUCCUCUUAAAUGUGAGGAACUGUGUAUAUACAUAUAUAUAUAUAACUUAUAUAUACAGGCCCUCCAUCAUAUGAUUAAGGUCACGCAUCCAUCCAAUUCAUGUUCAUGCAUUUCUUAUUGUUCAACAUUGUAUUUUCACUUGUCAGAACGAUGAAGAUAUCUACAAAUACAUUCAAA